AUGGAACUUCAGAACAUGGAAGAUUGCCUUCGCAAGCUAUCAUCCAAGGAGCUUCAGCGGUUCACAAUCAGAGUUGGCCGUUCAAGGUUUGGGCACCACCAAGAAGACUGGCAGCCGAUAAUUGAAGUCCUUCGCGGCAACCCCAACUUGAAGCGUGUCGAGCUACAUGUAGUGUCCUCUUACAAUGUCUUCAGCGAUGAAACCUUGGAAUCGAUUCAGUAUGGACCAAGGAUCCAGCAUGCCAAAGAAACUCAUUUGUCCAAUAUGGAACUAGACCAACUUGACAAGAAGCCGGUUCUCAAGCAAUUUGUGGAAGCGUUGGUAGAAGUGCAGGAUCGAGUGGAUUGUUUGUAUUACUUUCUAUCUCCCCAUCUCUCUGGAGUGGACCCUGCCAAGUAUGCCAUGGCAGCUCUUGAAGGCCCGCAGACAAAGGAAGCAGCGGACAAGAAGGAGAGAACUGCGUCGAGGAAGCGCACCCUGUCUCAAGCAAUGGAAUAA